AUGUCGGUGCUCAGCCAGCUCGCGGCGAGGGCGCUGGGGCCGUCCAGCAUGGCCUCGGCCAUGGGGCCAGCGUUGCAGCAGCAGAUGCGCUCAUAUGCGGAGAAAUUCUACUUCCACAUGGACCGGGACACGGAGCGAGUCCUGGACGACAGCGCCAACUCGCUGUUUGUGACCGAGGUGGUCCGCGGCAUGGCGCUGACGCUGAAGGCCUUCUUCGAUCCCAAGGUCACGAUCAACUACCCCUUCGAGAAGGGCGCCAUCAGCCCGCGCUUCCGCGGCGAGCACGUGCUGCGGCGCUACCCCACCGGCGAGGAGCGCUGCAUUGCCUGCAAGCUGUGCGAGGCCGUCUGCCCCGCGCAGGCCAUCACCAUUGAGGCGGAGGAGCGCGAGGACGGCAGCCGCCGCACCACGCGGUACGACAUCGACAUGACUAAGUGCAUCUACUGCGGGUUCUGCCAGGAGGCGUGCCCAGUGGACGCGGUGGUGGAGGGCCCCAACUUCGAGUUCAGCACAGAGACGCGCGAGGAGCUGUUGUACAACAAGGAGAAGCUGCUUGCGCUUGGGGACAGGUGGGAGACCGAGAUUGCCGCGAACCUCAGGCAGGAGUCGCUCUACCGCUGA